AAAAAACAUUUUGUAGGUAUCUUUUUAUUGAUCUUUUUUACUUCAUUCAAGGAAUACAGUCUAUCUCUCUUUCUUACGUUGUUGGCCUCUUCAUGAAGCAACGUAUCUUUAUCUCUUUGAUUACAAAAUCAUGCCUUACCAUUUAAAAAAGUUCCUGAUAAGGAUAUCCUUGCUGCUGACAGUAAUUGUUACGAUUGCUUUUCUGACAUUAUCAUUCUUAACAUCAUUAUACAAAACGAUACCAGCCAAUAUUCCUUUUUUCUCGAACGUACCAAUGUAUAAGAACAAAUGGCAGUACAUACCUCCUUUAGAAAUAACUCAUCCCAAUCCAGCAUUUACAGCAGCCUACAUUACUUUCGUGAAUGGCGACAAGGAAUCCCUUAGCAGUUUGCGAUCAACCAUGCGGAAUAUCGAAGACCAGUUCAAUCGUCACUACCAUUAUCCUUUUAUCAUUUUCACAGUAGACGAGCCUUCUGUUGAAUUUAAAGAGCUGGUUUCCUCCACGGCUACAGGUGACGUUGUAUUUGAGAGAGUAACUAUAUCACAGUACGGUUACGGAAACAGAACAGAUCAAUUUAGAGCCUCUUUAUCAAGAAAGUAUUUGAAAGAUACGCCUGGAAAUACAGAAGCAUCUCGCUUCAAGUCUCGAUUAAUGGCUGGCACCAUAUUCAAACAUGAAAGUUUAUUUAAUUUAGAUUAUUUUUGGAGAUUCGAACCAGGAACGGAAUAUCUUUGUCCGAUCAGCUUUGAUCCCUUCCAGUACAUGUAUGACAAUGGAAAGCAGCUUUCAUUUUCCUUGUCAUCUUACGAACUCCAUGAAACCCUACCCUCCAUUUUCGAUACUGUAGCUGAAUUCAAAAAAGAAAACCCUCAACUGUUUGAUGAAAACCACGAUAAUAAAUUAUGGAAAGCAAUGACCAACAAAGACGGUAGUUACAAUCGAUGUUCUUUUUGGAACAGUUUUCAAAUUGUGAAAACCAGCUUUUUCACUUCCAAAAGAUAUCAAUCUUAUUUCGAUUUUAUGGAUCAUAAAGAAGGUAUAUUCUAUGAACGAUGGUCGGAUUCAGUCAUUCAAUCGUUGGGCGCAGCGUUAUUUCUGAAUAAAACAGAAGUUCAUUUUUGGGAAAGCAUCGGAUAUAGACACCAAUAUCAAUAUCAACAUUGUCCCAAUGAUAAGGCAAUAUGGGAAAAAUGUUCAUGCAGACCUAUGCAUAACUUUGACAACGAUGGCUUAAGCUGUUUAUCGAAGUUUGUAUAAUUGUCAUGGCCCAAAUAGACAUUCUAUUCAAUUGAUGUAUAUAUAUAUAUAUAUAUAUAUAUGUUUAAAUUAUAGAUUAUUACCGAUUAAAAACUAAAUAAUAAAUGUAAUAUGCAAUCUCUUCACAC